ACUUCUGAAAAGACACAGUUACAUAUCGUCCUGUGUUCUGAGCCCAGUUCAUGAUAGAUUUUAGCUUUUCGUUGGUCGGAUAUAGGGUCUUUGUUUGACAGAUCGCUCAAAGAUGUCUGAAUCCAGAAGACCAUGUCGGUCAAGGAAGACAGUUGAUUAUUCAGCAUUUGAAGGAGAAGAUAAUGAUGAUGAUUUCGCUGAUCCUACUCCGCCAACUAAAAAGGCAAAAGGGUCAAAUAAAGAAAACAAGAUGAACAGGAAAAAGGAGGGUGAGCUUCCCAAAAUCAAGUCCCAGGACAGAGGAUGUGGCAACCGGCAAUCCCUUGAUGAAAAACUGUUUGACAGAGACCUAGAAGCUGCUCUAAAACUCUCUAUCCUGUCAUCAGCAGACGCUGAUCUCACAGAAGUUGCUGUAGAAACUCACAGUUCUGACAAACCUGCGUUGUCUUCGACAACUCCUAGUGUAGAAUCUAGAGGAUCAGGUGUGACAGAGAGCAAGCAUUCUCUGCCAUCAGUGGCAAAGCUUGAUGAUGAGAUUAUAGCGUUACCAGAUGAUCUCUCUGAGAAUCCUCGAAAACGGAGGAAAGCUGCUGUUAAGCCCGUGAGGUAUGAUGACGCUGACGAUGAUGAUGAUGCUGUGGAAGAAGAAUGGAACCCAGCAAAAGCAGACAAACUGAAUUCAGGGAAUGAUGAUGAUGAUGAUGAUGAUGAAGAAUUUGAUCCAGAGGACAGUGAUUCAGAUUAUGGCUCAUCCAAGAAAAAGAGAGGAAACAAGAAGACAAAGUCAAAACCAGUGACUAAGAAGGUUACACCUACAAAAACUAAACUGAAGUCAAAUGUAACAGUUACUCCAGUCCAUCAGAAGAAACCUUCAGUGAAGCAGACUAAUCCCAAGUCAACAACUAAGAGUUCCCCGGUCACACCAUCCCAUCAUACACCGAGCAGAGUUCUCUCUGGCGGCCUUAAAAAGGCAUGGGUGCCACCAGCCAGAUCCACCAGUUCAUCACCGCUUGCCAGCCUUACUGUGAAGUCGCCAAGCAGCGGCCUUCGGCUGGGACUCUCACGUAACCAGAAAGUCAAGUCUCUACACCCCUCUGUUGUCAGCUGAAUACACGUACAUGGCAUUUUAACUUAAAUUUUUUUUCGUCAUAUUUGUACGGAGUGAUGUUUUAAUGCAAAGAUAUAGAUUGUAUAGUUACAGCUGUCAGGUGUGUUUUUUGAAAAUGAAUUUGUUCAGAUGAUAUUUUCUGUAAAGAAUUGGCAUAAUCUUUGUACUCAUGAUUGUUCUUUUCAUGAAGUGUCAUUGAAAAGUUUGUUAGAUCUGCACUCCUAGCCACUAGUUUUGUUUAUAUCAAGGUUAUCUCCCUUUAUCAUGGUACAGGUAAUCAUUCCAAGCAUGCCAUUGUAUUCAUUUAGUUGACUGCCAGGUGAGGACCACUCUUACUUUUAUUAUUAUUAUAAUUUAUGUAGCAAUCAAUAUUCUUUGAAAUAUAUGAUAAUGAAGAACAAAGCUUGUAUUAUUUUCAAAAAAUCCACAUGUACAUUAUUUUUCUACCUCAACUCAUUUUAUUGAAAAACUGACCAAUUUUAAUCAACUACUUCUUGAUACCUGUUUGCUAGAUCGUGAAAAUAACCUUAAAUGUACAGUUGAAAUACAUGUGCUUCAAACGUGUGUAUCCAUAUGCCUCAACAGAAUACCACAAGUUGUGUUUUCUUCAAAGUUUGGUUUGUAAAAUUUCACGUUCAGAACACAUAAAGGUCUUAAAAUUACUCAUGUGGAUGACAACACUCAAGUGUUUGUGAUACAAUCAACCAAACUUCACAAAAAAGCCCCACUUAAAUGGCCUUUUAUAGCUUGGAGUACACAAGAAUCGAUUUGGCCUGAUCAUUGAGUCAGGUUGUAAGCGUUUUUGUAUACAAAAUAACAUGAUCAUUGAGUCAGGUUGUAAGCGCUUUUGUAUGCAAAAUAACAUGAUGACUGAACUGGAGCUAUGUUCCAGUUGUUAAGUGUAUACCUAUUGCAAAAGUCCAAUCCGAAAUCAUUUGGACAACAGGGAAGGAUCAGUCUUGCACAACCGGCUGAGUACCGCUGAGUCCCGCUGAGUCAUGUCUUAAUGUGAUGAAUCACUCAGAAUGAAGAAAAGUGGGUCACUUGACAAAUGCUGAACUUUAGGUGAAAUACGGAAAUUCAGUUUACAUCCAUAUUUAGAUCAACAUGAAAAGUUAGUGCUGUUACAUGGUGACUUCAGGGUGAUGUUCUUUCUAUGCAUAUACAGAACUGACUUACUCUUCCGUUAAUGUCAAAGUGAGUUGGUAGAGCUUCACCUUGCAAUGGCUGAUGUCAUGUGUUGACCUAAGUGUGCGUGUAGUGGUAUGAAACUGCCAGUAGUUCAUCACUAAAUAAAUUAUUGUUUUUUGAAGUAUGUAAGCCUGGCCCUCCAAAAGAUCUUAGUUAGACAGUUAUAAGUAUGACUUCCAAAGAGAAGGGUACUGUGAUCUAUGAGUCCAUUGCUUUCUGUAUCUUGAAGUGUCAAACACUAACAUAUGUGACUGAUCUGACAUUUGUGCAAGGCUUUUUAUUUUAUUUUAUUUAUCAAGUUGUGCUUGUAUAACAGUUAGUGCUUA